UAUUGUUACCCUUCUUCCUGGUUGCUACUGCGCAUGUGUCCAAACCCCGGCACUGUUGACAGAGGCUUUCUGCAUACUGACAGUUCACUUGAUUUUAACUACAAGCUAUCAUCUUCCUCACUGUCAAGCUGUCUCCAUCCUCCUUCAUCCACAUGACUCGUGUCUUCGUCUACGGCACCCUCAAGAGGGGUCAACCCAACAACUACCGCAUGUUUGACACCAGCAACGGCAAGGCGGAGCUCAUCGCCUCAGCCUCCACCACCCAGAAAUACCCUCUGAUCAUCACAACUCAGCACAACAUCCCAUUCCUCCUCAACAUCCCCGGUCAGGGCCACCGAGUCCGAGGGGAGAUCUACAAAGUGGACGACAAGAUGCUGGAGUUCCUGGAUGACUUUGAGAGCGUCCCCCAGAUGUACCAGAGGACUCUGGUGAAGCUGGAGGUGGAGGAGUGGGAGGGGAAAGGGGAAGGGGAGGAGAGGCUGGCAGGAGGGAGCAUGACGGAGGCGUUUGUGUACAGCACAACGACCUACCAGCCGGACUGGCCUUCCCUGCAGAGUUAUGGGAGCUAUGAUGCGUAUGGAGAUCAUGGGCUGCAGUAUGAGACCAGAGAGGCACGAGAACGAUGUAGCAGGGUGGCUGAGGAGGAAGAUUAGAUCCAUGUAUCAUGGUCUGGCUCUUUUAGAAUGUACUGCAUCUUUAAAAACACUCCUAAUGGUUUAGGUGUAGCUUACUCAGGUUUAUUGACUCAUCUCUACAUAAAUAUCAGAUUAUUAACAUCACAUCUCCUCCUGUUCUACACUAACAUGUCACCUUUAUUUACCUACCUUCAUUUGUCAGUAGCUCACUCUAAACUCAUGUUCAUCCAUGAUGUAUUUUAGGAUCUACAGAAGCCCGAAGCAGACAUGCAUCCAUACAUCUUGUUUACAUCACUGUUGGUUGUUGUAUUCAGAUUCCUGAAUUAAAACUUCACUUAUUAAGACGACCAGCUGCUAAUUCAUCCUCUCUUAAGAAAUGAAAUAUCUGUUAAAUUGUCUCUGUAUCCAUUUAAAUCAUCCUAAAGCUGUGAACAGACACUACAAGGCUGUGGUAAUAUGUUCUCAGGGUUUUCUAAUGGUAUAACUUCAAUAAAAAAACAUGUCCUUUACCUAAA